UAGUCAUUCCUCGUGCUUCUCACUCGUUUCGUCUAUCAUCCUUUUCUCUCAAAUUAGGGUUUUUCUCUCUCCAACUUUGCCUCUGUCUGGGAAUUCUAAUCCUCAAAGCUAGGGUUUCAAACAUUGGUUAUCGAACUGGCAUUGCACAAUUCUCGUUCCCUCCAGGUUCCUGUCAAACGGCGUGAUUUCGCGUGAAUUCUAGAUCCACUGUUUGGGACUCCCUUGCUCUUAAUCGUAAAAGCAAUGUACGAGUUACGCAUCGGUUUCUGCUAGAUAUGCACGAAUUUGUUGUAAUAUUGGAUUAGGUUGAGCUUAGCAUGCAUACUUUCAGCUAAAUUCUAGUUGGUUGGAUCUGGUGGUUUGUGCAGAGUAGAAAAUGUGUCAACUUUGCCUUUGCUUCUAGCUGUUUGAGAGGAAGUUGAUUUAGAACUCUGAUAUAGAGUUGGGAUCUGGCUGGCCUGUGUGGAAGAAGUUAGAUAAUCUAAAUUGGAACUUAGAUUUAUUUAUUUAUUUAUUUAUUUUUUUAGCGAAGUUGAACUUGAACUGGAAUCAGGGAGGGUCUGGGACUGGGUGUGGUGGGUGUGGGUGAAGGACAGCAAUGUGCUGAGUUAUGGCGCUGAAGGUUCCAGCUCUGAAAGCUGCUGAGGUUGCAAUUGGGUCAAUAGGGCGUGGAUAUGAUAUCUCAACCGAUCUGCGACUCAAAUACUGUAAAGGGGAUUUAAUCGGUUCGCGUUUGAUUGAGAUUGAUGCAGAUGACGGUCGCGAUAUUGUUUUGCCCGGUGGAAUUACAAUCUCAAAUGUCUCUAAAUCAAUCAAAUGUGAUAAAGGAGAGCGGACGCGAUUUAGGUCCGAUGUUCUCUCUUUCCAACAGAUGUCAGAGCAGUUCAACCAGGAAAUUACUUUAACUGGAAAAAUUCCUUCAGGCCUCUUCAAUGCUAUGUUUGAUUUCUCUGGCUGUUGGCAGAAAGACGCGGCCAACACCAAAACCCUUGCGUUUGAUGGGGUAUUCAUCACUCUUUACACUGUUGCAUUGGAAAAGACUCAGAUGGUAUUAUGCGAUCACGUCAAGAAAGCUGUCCCAUCGUCGUGGGAGCCUGCUGCAUUGGCAAGGUUUAUUGAAACAUUUGGCACCCACAUUAUUGUUGGUGUGAGGAUGGGAGGGAAGGAUGUUAUAUACGUGAAGCAGCAGCACUCAUCAACUCUUCAGCCUGCUGAUGUGCAGAAAAAGUUAAAGGAUAUGGCAGAUAAAAGGUUUUUAGAUGCCAAUGGACAGUAUAGUACAUCUUCACAACAAGUUUACAAGGACGGAAAGUUUGAAAUCAGGGAGCAGCGGCUACGGUUUGCAGAUGCUAGUCCAUCAAGUUCUUACUCACACAAGGAGGAUAUUGUAAGCAUUUGCAAGAGGCGAGGUGGAAGUGAUAUUAGAAAUUUAUCUCAUAAUGAAUGGUUGCGAACCGUUCAAUUUGAACCUGAUGUGAUCUCAAUGUCCUUUAUCCCGAUUACUUCUUUGUUGAAUGGGGUCCCAGGGAGUGGAUUCUUGAGCCAUGCCAUAAAUCUUUACUUAAGAUAUAAACCACCAAUUGAAGAGCUCCACCAAUUUUUGGAAUUUCAGCUGCCUCGUCAGUGGGCACCCGUGUUUAGUGAACUUCCCCUUGGUCCACAACGAAAGCAGCAAAGCAGUGCAUCUCUACAAUUUAGCUUCAUGGGGCCUAAGCUUUAUGUGAAUACCACUUCAGUUGAUGUGGGUAAAAGGCCAGUAACUGGCCUGCGACUAUAUCUAGAAGGUAAAAGAAGUAACCGCUUAGCCAUCCACUUACAGCAUCUCUCCUCCCUCCCAAAAAUUUUCCAACUUGAAGAUGAUCCAAAUGGGAACUUCCGCCGAGAGUCCUAUGACCGUAAAUACUAUGAAAAAGUGCAAUGGAAGAACUUCUCUCAUGUCUGCACUGCUCCUGUGGAGUCUGAUGAGGAUCUUUCAAUAGUGACCGGAGCCCAGUUACAAGUUGAGAAUUAUGGGAUAAAAAAUAUUCUGUUCUUGAGACUCCGCUUCUCCAAUGUCUCAGGAGCAGCAGUAGUAAAGCAUCCUGAAUGGGAUGGAUCUCCAGGGUUGGCACAUAAAUCUGGACUGAUAUCAACGCUGAUCAGCCAUCAUUUUACAACAGUUCAGAAGCCACCACCAAGGCCGGCAGAUGUAAACAUAAACUCUGCUGUUUAUCCUGGGGGCCCACCUGUUCCUGUCCAGGCCCCUAAGCUUCUGAAAUUUGUUGAUACCACAGAGAUGACGAGAGGGCCACAGGAAACUCCUGGUUAUUGGGUUGUAUCUGGGGCGAGACUUGUUGUAGAGAAGGGCAGGAUAUCACUGCGGGUCAAGUAUUCAUUGUUAACUGUGAUCUUACCUGAUGAAGAAGCAAUGGAUGAUCAAUAGCAGAUUAUUAUGUUUUGUUGGUCAAAGAAGGGAAGUUACAAGAAACAGUGAUAUAGCUAGAAUUCUACAGAGAAGGAACGAGCAGAGAGAGAAGUCAUUGUAGGGUGGGAGGCUGUUGAUUGUAUUGCUAAAUGUUGUAUUCUUCCUCAGUACGCGCACGUUAAUUGCUAACCCCAUUGGCACCCUAUAGAUAUAAAAAGUUAAAAACCCUGUUGGGACUUGGGGUUUGCAAGUGGUUAUUGGAGAUUUUGGAUGCUUGUCUAGGAUCCCUUUUCGUGGGUUCAAAAUUGGCUUCCCAUAAUAUUUGUAGCCAUGUAAUUUAGAAAUGGGAAUGAUUUUUUUUUUU